AUGUCAGACGCCGAAUCCGCCGACAAGAAGCGGAACAAACUUGGCUACCAGAGAAUCUCCAUAGCCUGUGCGCACUGUCGUCGUCGGAAGAUCAGAUGCCUGGUCGCAGAAGAUGACCCGGAGCAACGAUGUCAGAACUGCAUCCGCCUCAAGAAGGAAUGCGUCUUCUACCCGGUCGACCAACAGGCGGCCAUGGACGCUCGAUCUGAAGCGUCGAGCAAGGCCGGCAUACCAUCGGGAGCAUCCUCGACCGUCUCUUCGUCGCCUACACAGCUGGUAACGAGACAGCUCAACACCGCGGGACAGCACUUUGGCGGCAGCUUUCACAACGCGACGACCGAGUCUCCGGGAGGCUUUCAGGGUGUUCCAAUACCCCCUGGCGGUGGCAUGCCACCACAAGGUGGCUACGCGCCUCAUGAAUACCAGCAUCCUCACCGAGAGAGCCCGUCGUGGAACGGUCAGGAGUUCGGCGCACAUCCUCAGGCAGUAUCAGUCCCUGCGACUGGUAGUAUGCCACAUCCGUUCGCGAGGUACGGAAGUACAGCAGGAGACACUGCACCGUUUCCUGGCUCGAUGGAUCAGCCGCCGCAGAACACGCGAUCAGAAACGAUGAACUACCCUCCUGAGCAUCUCCAGCAAGCCUGGCCGCAACAACAGACUCAUCAACCCGUUCGGUCGAUGUCUUACCCAGUCGCCGAUUAUUCAGGCCACAACGCGUACAUGUUCCCUUUCGAUCAACAGGCUCCUGGCUCUUAUGUGCAACGACAGCCACACCCUCAGGCGCAGCGACAUGACCCGCGCUUAGUUCAGAUGGCUCCUCAGCAAGUUCCUGUCGAACAUCAGCAAUACAUGGUUCCACACGACCAGCGAGGCACAAGCAUGCCCGUCAUGCCUGGCUACCCCCCUCAGCAACCGAUGCCCGCGAAUUGGUAUCCUGAUCCAUCGUCGUUUCAUCACCCUGGCGAAGAAGAGACGCGAGACAGCGGGUAUGGUGGCUAUCACGGUCGACAUGGCUAG